AUCUCCGCGGAAGGGCUGAAGCCCGAUGACGCGAAGGUGGCCAACAUUCGUGAUUGGCCACGACCUCAGUCUGUGACUGAGAUGAGAUCUUUCUUAGGAAUGACAGGCUACUACCGGACUUUUGUAAAGAACUAUAGCAUUGUGGCCGCUCCUUUGACUGAUCUGACCCGCCUUGACACCCCGUGGGAGUGGACAGAUGAGUGCGAGGCUGCUUUCAGACAUCUGAAGCAUGCAUUGACGCACUAUGAAGUCUUGAAGCUACCCAAUCCUGAUAAGCCAUUUAUAGUAACCACGGAGGCUAGCCAAUAUGGCAUUGGCGCCGUGCUUGCGCAGCAGGAGGGGCCAAAGUUGAGGCCAGUUGAGUACAUGUCUAAGAAAAUGCCGUCUCAGAAGUUGGCUAAGUCCACUUAUGAGAAGGAACUCUAUGCGGUGUACAAGGCUCUCACCCAUUGGAGGCACUAUCUCCUUGGGAGGUUCUUCAUCCUCAGAACUGAUCAUCAGACCCUGAAAUGGAUGAGAACCCAACCGGUAUUCUCUGACGCUCUCAAGCGUUGGAUCGAAGUCAUUGAGCAAUAUGACUUUGACCCUCAGUAUCUGAAAGGGGAGUAUAACAAGGUUGCUGACGCUCUGUCGCGCAGACCAGACUUCUCAAGUGCGCUGAUUACUGAGUUCAGUCUCACGGACAAUGUUACUCAAUCCUUGGUGGAAGCCUAUCGCGAGGACCAGUUUAUGUCUGAGAUCAUACGCAGACUUGAGGCGAAGGACAAGAAGACGUCCGCCGAGUUUGAGUUGGUUAAUGCGAGGACGUUUAUGUCUGAGAUCAUACGCAGACUUGAGGCGAAGGACAAGAAGACGUCCGCCGAGUUUGAGUUGGUUAAUGGCUUGCUGUUCCUUGAGAAGGCAGGGAAUAAACGAUUGUGUGUUCCCAGUAGUGAGUCUUUGCGUAGUUUGUUUCUAGGUGAGUGUCAUGAUGCCACCGGUCAUUUCGGGUAUAAGAAGACCGCAACCAACUUGCUGCAGCGAUUCUGGUGGCCCACGAUGAUGCGAGAUGCACAACUGUAUGUGGAGACUUGUCAAGUUUGUCAACGAGACAAGCCCCGUACUCAGGCUCCUCUUGGGCUGCUCAAGCCCCUUCCGAUUCCGGAAAGGCCGGGUGAAAGCUUGUCCAUGGACUUCAUGGAUACGCUGGUCACCAGCAAGAGUGGGAUGAGGCAGAUCUUCGUCAUUGUGGAUAGGUUUAACAAGUAUGCUAGGUUAAUAGCCAUGUCGAAAACAGCGAAGACCGAGUAUGUAAUCAGGCUGUUCAAAGAGAACUGGGUGAGGGAUUUUGGAUUGCCUAAGUCUAUUGUAAGUGACAGGGAUGUCAGAUUUACAAGUGAAUUAUGGAAGGCCACUGCAGCUGAACAAGGAACUCAACUGCAAAUGACUUCUGGAAACCAUCCAGAAGCAAACGGCCAGGCUGAACAGAUGAACCGCGCUGUCCAACACCUGUUGAGGCAUUACAUCAAGCCCAACCAGGUGGACUGGGACGAGAAGCUUGCUCUUGUCGCCAGUCUGUACAAUAAUGCUGUACACAACGCUACUGGGGUAAGUCCUAACAGUCUACAUCUUACCUUUAGGCCUAGACUGCCUUUAGACUUCCUACUUCCUGAUAACCAGCCAACUGUUACGCUAGGCACUUUGGAGUUCGCGUAUCGUUAUGAACAGAAGAUGCAGGAGGCUGUAGAGCAUAUACAGAAGGCGCAGGCAGCAAUGAUAGAAUCUGAGAAUAAACACCGCCGCCCUUCUACAUUUCAGGUUGGGGACAAAGUCUGGGUCAAAUCUUCAGAACUGGGACAGGAGUUCGGGAUAUCCCACAAACUCAUGCCUCAGUACUUUGGACCUUGGGAAGUUUUAGACGUAGUAGGGACAGAUCCUGAUGGUCCAUCAUAUGUCAUCCGUAUCCCUGGUCAUCUCAGAACUUACCCAGUCUUUCACGCCUCUAAGCUCGCUGCAUUCAAGAAAACUGAUCAGUUUCCCUCUCGUCGAUCCAUGCUGCCCCCAACCAUGGACGGAGAAGUCGACAUCGAUGAUAUCGUUGACCACACGGAGAUGCCUGUUCAGAAGCCUCUAGGAAGGGGACAUCCUCCAAAGCCAAAGCUGCAGUUCCGAGUCCACUUCAGACAUCAUACAGAUCCGAAGGAGGACCGCUGGUUUACUCGGGAGGAACUGAUGCAGACUGCUCCUCAAAUCAUUGCCCGCUAUGAGAAGGAUGUACUGAAAGGAAAGCGCCAGAUGGCUGCAGAUUGAUCUUCGCAGAGGACUAACGAAGAUAUGGAGGAGGGAAUGCGAGGCUACGCCCGCUUAGCCCCUACGGG